GAACCUUGUUUUGAACGAUCCACGAAGCGGCGGCUGACUUGAAGACCAAUAUUGGAUGUUGGUCAUGUUUGCAGUUUUCGUUCUUAUCUCGCAUUCCGUGAUUAUCUCAGAUUCUAACGCUCAGCAGGGCACCGUGACAUGUGGCUCUGUGUUAAAGUUAGUGAACACUGACUACAAUGUCAGGCUUCAUUCGCACGAAGUUCAGUACGGUAGUGGAAGUGGACAACAAUCUGUUACUGCUGUAUCUGAAGAAAUGGAUACCAAUAGCUACUGGCAGGUAGUUGAGCGUAAUGGUAGUCCACAGUGUAAUCGAGGCAGAGUUGUUAAGUGUGGACAGAAGAUCAGAUUUAUGCAUCUUUCAACACGAAGAAAUCUUCAUAGCCACCACUUUCAAUCUCCUCUUUCAGCUAAUUAUGAGGUAUCAGCAUUCGGUGAUAAUGGAGUUGGAGAUGAAGGUGAUGAUUGGCAAGUUGUUUGUGAUGGUACUUAUUGGCGAAGGUCAUCUAAAAUUCGUUUGAAACAUAUUUCCACUGAAGGAUUUCUUCAUUUAUCUGGUAAACGGUACAGUCGACCAAUAUCUGGACAAUAUGAAGUGUGCAGUACACAUAAGGCAACAGAUGCAAUCACAUGGACUGUUUCAGAAGGUAUAUACAUCAAUCCAAGUGAUGUUCAAAAUCAAUCGACCAGUUCAACGGCGGGUACACAUGAUGAAUUGUAAACACUUGCCAGUAUAUUUCUUUACGGUGAUAUCGAAGAAGGAUGAAGAGAAGAUGACAAUCUACAUAUCAACGCUUAUGGGGAACCAGAGUUCUGCUUGAUUGAAAUCUAUACUCCUACACUAUAAUAUGUUGGUGUAUAACCAUAUAAUUCUACUUAUUUGUUUUGUUUUUCUCUCUCUCUCUGCCCUUCAUUUUCCUCUCCAUGAAGUCCAUCGAGUUAAGGAGAAAAUAUUCACCAUAACUGUACAUUUCAGUGAUAUUUGGAGUUUUUCGGGGGGGGACUGUGUAUCCAUCGUUUUCUUUAUUCAAACAUGAUUAUGUCUUUUGUGUGUAUCUGCCUUGGCAACAGUUACAUUUUGAUAAAUGAGUUGUACAGACACUGUUUACACUAAUUGCUUUAAUCUUUUGUUUAAAAAUGAAAUUAAUGUUUGAGUAUAC